AUGUGGCCAUUGUACCAAUUUGCUGUCCCUCAACAUUGGAGUUUCACUUCAUCAAUCCUCACCUCCUCCCAUUCAUCAAGAUCUUCAGACUUUGUAAUCAUGAAGCCGCAUAAGCAACACAUAACCUCUUCGGCAUUAAGGAAAGAUUGUGGAUCAUCUUCCAGAAACACCAACAAUUUAUCCGAAAAUAUCGAUCGCGAGGCUCUUAGAAUGCCUCCUAUUCGUCCGCCAGAGAAAAGACAACGCGUUCCAUCGGCCUACAAUAGAUUCAUCAAAGAGGAAAUUCAAAGAAUCAAGGCUUGCAAUCCAGAGAUCAGCCACCGUGAGGCGUUUAGCACAGCUGCUAAAAAUUGGGCACAUUUUCCUCACAUUCACUUUGGAUUAAAGCUGGAUGGCAACAAGAAAGGCAAGCAAUUAGACCAGACAGUUGCAGGCCAAAAGUCUAAUGGCUAUUACUAA